CUCUCGUUUCUUCUCAUGUCUGAUCAAUAAAAUUGAUCGAUUUGGAACCAUUAUUGCUGUUCUUCAUUCAAUAAAGUCAUAAUAAAAUGGACGAACGUUGAUGUGUGUUUCCCUCUUCAGAACCGGAUCUGUUGAAAUGAAGGCUCUAAUACCAUAUUUGAAGUCUUGUUUUGAAGUGGUGCUGAAACCAGGAUCAACAGACCUGCUAUUCACAUCACAGAACUAAAACAGAGAGCCGUGCAUCAAUAAAGGGAUGCUGAUGUGUUUCUCUUGAAAUUAAGGACCAUGUUGAAGCCAUACAUUGAUAAUUGAAGUCAUGCUGCAACCAAGGCUGAGAAUGCUGAGAUCCCGGCUAAUGAUAUCUAUAGAUGAACUGAUUACAAUCCUAGUAAACUAACCUGUCAGAUGACUGACUAGCUGAUCAAUCAUCUCAAAGUAGUGCCGUUUAUUCCUUCUUGCUUCGUCAGAGCCCCACGUGAUCAGCGAUACACCAAACAUAUACCUACUUGAAAGAAAAAACUAGAUCACUGACCAGCAAACUUGAUUUGAAAAUGGAUUCAGCUCAUUGUGCUGCUGAAAAUUCACGUACUGAUGAGACGCAAAUCACCGAGAAAGCCUUCGAAUGCGAUAAGUGCCUGAAAAGGUUUGCUAAAAGGGCACAUUUGGCUGAACACUAUAUAGAACACACUGGCAAAAAACCAUUCGAAUGUGACGUGUGCUCGAUGAAAUUCAGCAAAAAGGGUAAUUUGAAUAAACACAUCAUAGGGUUCUGCAACAAGAAACGCUUCGAGUGUGAAAUGUGCCAAAAGAAAUUCAACUUGAAGAAGUCCCUGAUCGGACACAUAAGAGUGCACACUGGCGAGAAACCGUUCGAAUGUGACGUAUGUAAGCAGAAAUUCAGCUUGAAACGUAAUUUGCUUAGACACGUCGAAAUGCAUACCGGCGAGACCACAUACCAAUGUGUUGUAUGCGAGAAGAAGUUCACACGGAAGAGUCAUUUGACUAUGCACUAUAAGAUACACAACGGAACCAACAAGGAUAUAUGUGAUAUUUGCAAGAAACCUGUGAGCAAAAGUAAUUUGCUGAAUCACCGUAAGCGGAUGCAUAGCGGCGAGAAACCUUUUCAAUGCAAAUUUUGUCAUAAAAAGUUCACUUUCAAAUGUUAUUUGCGUAGACACGUCAAACUGCACGAUAAUAAGAAACCUUUCAAAUGUGAUUUUUGUCAGCAAGAAAUCAUCAGUAAGAGUGAUUUGACUAGGUGCAUUGAAGAGCGUACUGGCAAGAAUCCUUUUCCUCCUUUUCAAUGUGAUAGUUGCCUGGAAGAGUUCAGAUUGAAAAGUGAGGUAACUAACGGAAUUGCUGUCGAGGAAUAUGGUUUAAGCGGAAACCAUUGUGAAACACAAAUGAAAACUUGGAUAAAUAAUGAAUGUUGUGAUGGAGUGGAGGCAAAAGUGAAAGAAGAAAACAUCGAAGACACUGUUUCACCAACAGAUCCUACUUUUGACAAUGCAUGGGUGGAAAGUGACUGUAAAAUUGAGAUGGCUCAUCAGGAUCUUGAACUGCAUUUAGACAUUUAUGAAAAUAUUGUUAAAAUUGAGAAGAAUUCAGAGGUAGAUAGUAGAUUCGAAUAA